UACACCAGCCUAACAAAGCUGAACAGGCUAAUGUUUGUUGCCAAACAUUGUCCGUCCCUAGAGGUUGAUGCAUUGAGGAUAGCUCUCAGUUAUGUGAAGCAAACAUUUAAUGUCCAGUUGUACCAGGAAAUUGUGACAAGGAUGACAGAAGCAUGCAGUCGUAGUGAAUUGGAAUGCCCACCCAUGGACACAACAUGGAUAGAAACUACAAGUAAAAAGGCUGCAUUAAAGCUUGAGAAGCUAGAUACAGACUUGAAAAACUACAAGAGUAACUCCAUCAAAGAGAGUAUCAGACGAGGACAUGAUGACCUGGGUGAUCAUUACUUUGAGUGUGGAGACCUAAACAAUGCUUUAAAGUGUUACUCAAGAGCAAGAGAUUACUGCACCACAGCUAAACAUGUUGUUAACAUGUGUGUUAAUGUCAUCAAGGUCAGUAUUCACUUGGGUAACUGGUCACAUGUGUUAAAUUAUGUCAACAAGGCAGAAAACACUUCAGAGCUUGCUGAGCAGAAAGACAGGAGACCAAACUUGGUGACUCUUACAAGACUCAAGUGUGCUGCAGGCCUUGCAGAGCUUGCGGCAAGAAAAUACAAGUCAGCUGCCAGGAAUUUCUUGCAAGCUUCAUUUGACAACUGUGAAUGCCCAGAGAUAAUUUCACCUAAUAAUGUGGCUGUGUACGGAGGACUAUGUGCACUGGCUUCGUUUGACAGGCAGGAGCUACAAAAGAAGGUUUUAUCAAGCAGUUCAUUUAAGCUUUUCCUGGAGUUGGAGCCGCAGUUGAGAGAUGUUCUGUACAAGUUCCACGAGUCGCAGUAUGCUGCUUGUCUGAAACUCCUGGAUGAAAUGAAGGAUAACUUCAUGUUAGACAUGUAUCUAGCUCCUCAUGUGAACACCUUGUACAGUCAGAUCAGAAACAGAGCGCUUGUGCAGUACUUCAGUCCUUACGUGUCAGCGGACAUGGAGAAGAUGGCGCAUGCGUUCAACACAACAGUGACAAACUUGGAAGAUGAGCUGUCACAGCUGAUACUUGAUGGACAGAUUCAGGCCAGGAUCGACUCGCAUAACAAAGUAAAAUUAUCUCCUACGAUUUCGUAAAAUACCGAUAAUAAAGCAGCCCCUCUGAAAACUAUCCCAACGAUCACGGCCCUGUUGCUUUAAAUACAAGGGUUUCACUUAAGGAGCUCAGUCACAGUAUUUUGAGUUGUUUAAUGGCCGCGUAGAAAAUCACCUUUAAAU